AUGCAGAGCUUCUUCCUCAGAGUUGUGCUCUGUGGAGCACUUUCCUUUGCUUUGCCGAUCAUCCCGGAAACUGACCAAAUCACAAAAGGGGACACACAGCUCGCUGAGAAAUAUCUCCACAACUACUACCCUGAACCAGAAGGAACCCCAGUCUUAAGAAGCAAAGGCAAUAAUAAUGAGAUGGCUGACAAAAUCCGACAAAUGCAGGAAUUCUUUGGGCUGAAAGUGACGGGCCAGCUGGAUUCACCCACCCUGAAUGAAAUGAAGAAGCCUCGAUGUGGGGUUCCUGAUAUAGGAGAAUUUCGCGCCGCUCGUACACUUAACAGAUGGCCACGGAAUGACCUAACGUAUAGCAUUCAGAACUAUACACCAGACAUGGAGCCUGCUGACGUGGAGGAUGCUAUUGAAAGAGCUUGGAAAGUGUGGAGUGAUGUGACCCCCUUGACCUUCACUAAAGUAUCCCCAGACUCUGCAGAUAUAUUGAUCUCUUUUGUUGCAGGAUACCAUAGAAGCAAUCGCUUCGACCGUGCCUUUGAUGGAUAUGGAGGAGAACUGGCUCAUGCUUUUUUCCCUUCCUUCGGUGGGGAUGCCCAUUUUGAUGAGGAUGAAUACUGGGCAAAGGAUUUGAAAGGAACCAAUCUUUUCCUUGUUGCUGCUCAUGAAUUUGGACACACACUGGGUCUUCAACAUUCCAGUAUCUGGGGGACUCUGAUGUUCCCAACAUACGUGCCUUCAAACCCCCAAACCUUCAGGCUUCAUGAGGAUGACAUUAAUCGCAUCCAGUAUCUUUAUGGGCCCCCUGAAAAUGAUAAUGAUGUUUACUUUAAUGAUGAUGAUGACCAGCUAGAAUCCCCCCAGUUUCCCACGAACUCUCCAGCAGAAGAACCGUCCCCAGACUUGUGUGACCCUCAUCUCUCUUUUGAUGCUGUGGCCACUCUCCGAGGAGAAACUCUCUUCUUUAAAGACAGCUUCAUGUGGCGGAUAAAUCCUCAAAGAAGGAACAUUGAGAAAGGUCCUACUUCUGAUUUCUGGCCAGUUUUGAAAGGUGGCAUCGAGGCUGCUUACGAACUUGAAGAUAAAGACAUCUUAUUUCUUUUUAAAGGACAGAGGUACUGGGCUACCCGGGCAAAUAUUAUACAGCCAGGUUACCCAAAGAAUAUCCACACCUUGGGCUUCCCCAACAGUGUAAAGAAAAUUGAUGCAGCUCUUUUUGACAAAGAUACAAAGAGAACAUUAUUGUUUUCAGGAGACGAGUACUGGAGUUAUGAUGAAGCACAGAAUUCUAUGGAGAAUGGAUAUCCAAGAAAGAUCACUUCAGACUUCCCUGGAAUUAGCUCUACAGUGGAUGCUGCUUUACACCAUAAUGGACACUUCUAUUUAUUCAGCGGCUCAAAGCAGUACAAGUUUGACAGCAAGCAGAAACGAUUUACUGGUAUAAAGAAGAGCAACUCCUGGUUUGGCUGCCGGUGA